AUGGCUGAAGUCAUUGUCGGCUUCGUCUCUGCUGGAGUUGGCAUCGCCGCCUUCGCCCUUCAGAUUUCGAAAAGCAUCGACGCUCUGCGUCAGAUGCGAUUGAAACCUGGCGAGGUGCGCAAGGAUCUGACAACCCUGCUCGAGAUGCUCGAGAUUCUCCACCAGGCCGUAUCUUUGUUGAAGGCUUGGGAGGGAUACCAACCUGUCGACGGUAUAAUCCAACAUGUACAACAGCGAUACGCCAAGACAGAACCGACAAUCCGAGAUCUCUUGGAGAAAUAUCAAGAGACCGGAGAGGGCCGUGGUCGUCAAUGGAAGCGAGUGCUAGCUCGACACCCAAAACAACAGAUUAGUGAUCUUCGAGAAGACAUCAAUGAAAUCAUCAACAUUCUGAAUCUGGCGUUUAUGGCUGCACAAUGCCAGCCUCCAAGCAUCCAAGAACUCACACCAACCGGCAACAGAAAUGCCGACCCAUCGAAAGCACAAGAGGGAGAGUUUCAUCAAGUAAAAGACGAAGGAGACGCUGGCGAGAUGAAAACGUGCACCAACACAGUGACCAAUCCACCGAGCUCAAAAUCACAUCAAGAACAUCGCGUCACGUUACCUACAGCAAGGACAAGUUCAAAUACUUCCAGGACACGAAGAUAUGACUGCUCAUGCAAUCUCACUGGCAUCACCGGCCGCUUCUGGUUCUUGCAAUAUACACCGCUCUCUAUGUUCAUUGGGAGGUCCGGGGAGAAGGUCUCAGGGUGCGAUUGUAUUGGUCUGCGCCUCCGACUAGCUCUGUCAAAGUACGGCGUCCCAAUAGCCAUAAUUGCCGGCAUCGGGUUCAUGGUUCAUGGAUCAGGGCUCGAACUCAGAUCUUCUCUUAGAGUGGAAAGAAUAGUCAACUACACGUCUCCAGGGUUCGAGACUAUAUGGCGCCUCGAACACGGCUUGAUUUCGCUCCAAGAAGCACGGACAAGAUUUACCGAACUCUAUCGAUCCGACAGUUCUCUCAAAUAUCACAAGAACCCUGCUGGAAACAGCUACAUAAAAACACUUCUGCAGGAGCCUUGGAUUAGUAGGAUAGAUGACCAGAUCUCCAUGCUUCGCAUGCUCGUCACUGACUGUCAGGUGACGCUUGAGGACGAAACUGAAAGCUUCCUUGUUCAGUGCGCAGAGUGGAGUAUCUGCAGCUCUCACCUCGCCCUGCUAGUCCUUGAUGCUAUCCUAGAAUCUGGAUUCGACGCCAGCGCCAUUCAUGCAUCCCCUUCCGAAAGAUGGCCCACUCCAUCUGUACCAAUCUGGCAUACUUUUGGAGCUGUCCCUGAUCCCUUCUUUAUUGCGUUUGUUGGGAAGAUUUUGAGAUAUAGCCCGAGCUAUUCAGGGUCCACGAACCUGCACCACGUGCUCCUCAACGAGCCAUUUGAGUCCGCGGCCAGUUUUUUACAUCGAUCGCAACCACUCGAGACCAAUGUCAACUUCUUGGGACAAACUCCCUUGCAUAUCGCGACUACUCGUCCGGAACUAUGUCGUCUUGUGUUGGAUGCAGGACAUGGCAUAGACGUUACUGACAAGCUUGGAACUACUCCACUGAUGUACGCCGCAGCUAUGGGCCAAACCGAAGUCACAAUGUUACUGAUAUCAAGAGGCGCCAAUCUUGUUCUACGAGAUUCGAGACGACAGGGAUCGUUUUUGGAUUACGCUCUAUUUUGCAACCACUGGGAUCUGGCUCUAGACGCCCUCUUGGCUAUACAGCCCAACUUGGAACCGGGCGUUUUCCAAGUUACUGUCCAGGAGGUUUUAAUCAGUGCUUUUCCCAUCAGUUUUCUCGUUUCAAAACGGCAGCUGUCUUUUCUCCCAAAGAUAAUUCAACUCUCCAACGACGUCAAUUUCACAUUCGACGACGGCCAUGUCAAGGAUAAUACCUUGAUGCACUACGCUUAUAACCUCGAAAUUGCAUCGGCUCUUGUCCAAUGUGGGUUCAGCAACUUCAAUCAGAAGAACAGUAAGGGAAAGCUAGCAAUCAACUCCCUAGCGAGAUAUCCCAACGUCGCCGUCAUCCAGUUCUGCCUCGAGAGAGGUGCGGAUGCAAAAAACGUGAGCCAACACGGGCGAACAAUCUUUUUCGAACUUCUGGCAGGAUUGGGCGAGAUUGGAUGGGUCACUUGGGAUGUCAUUGACUCUAUCAAGCUUUGUUUAAGCGCUGGAGCUGAUCCCUUGAUCGCGGACAACUGUGUAUGCCCGUGCUCCCCCGACGGAUGUCAUGUAUCUUCCAUUUUUGACCUCGGAUCCAGUUCUAGGAGUAUUCUUGAUCCCAGGCCUGAACGAAUAUGGAUCUUUGAAUUACUCACUCUCCUUGAAGAAUACCGCGACAUUGAGGCCGCAGAGAGAUUUCUCCUAUCUCUUCAUCGCAGAGUUCUAUGCGAUAAGCCUCACAUCUCCAUAGCCCACGUUUGCUGUCAUAGUGGUCGCGGCAUCAAAUGUGAAGUUCGGGAACCUUGGGACCCACCGCAUCUUCAAGACGGGGACAUUGAGGAGAUCCUGGAUGAAGAGAGCGACUUCAUCACAGCAUUAGACAUGGAUAUGGAGCGGCUUGCUUGCUUUGGCUUUUCAAAGCUCCGGACCGAGUUCAUGAUUCAGUUGAAAGGUUUAUACGAGACAGAGAAAUACGAGGCAGACUCGGAACUCAACGAUGAGGCGUAUGAAGUCGACUAUAGAGCUGACAGGUACGAUCGGAGAUCCGCCCCGGCGCUGUGGCCAAAAUUCUCAAUCGCUCAGUCAAUGGCAGGCUAUGCCUUCUGGCUACAACAUGAAAGAUCGAGGACAGAAAAACCACUCUCCGGUGAUUUCCACAAAGCCGGCUGGUUUGAGAGGCGCAUCUCUUGGCUUCUUGAGUUCAUGGACGUAAUGGAGGUGACGGUAGAGAUGCUGGAGGAGAGCAUGAGAAGGAUAUAUGUGACGGAGACGCGAACCGAGAAGAUUGACCGCAAGCAAACGGUCAAGUCUUUCUUGGAAGCGAUAGGGAAGGCAAGGAACAAAGACGAAGAGCGGGAAACAGAGUGA